CAACCUUCAGCCUGCUCAUCAGCAGUAAUCAGCUAGCGUUUAGUCCACAGACAGAGAACGUUACUGUUACACCAGGAAAGAUAAUGAUCCUGGGGCCCUUCGUGGACCAACUACUCAUCAACGGCGUCAAGAUCACAGGCAGCCAAACGCAACACGCGGUUGCAAAGGCGCCCGACUGGCUUACUUUUAACAACAUCACGCUUGAAUUGACAGGAACACCGCCCCAAGGUUUCGAGCCGCAAAGCAUAGCUAUCACCGUGACAGAUACAUACGGGGAUACAGCAGUGAAGAACGUCUUUCUCCGCACAGCGAAUACCUCGCUAUUUGACGACGAGGUCGGAAACUUGACAGCAACAGCUGGAGAAUCGUUCCAAUACACAUUCUCUUCGUUAUUAGUAACGAGGAAUGACAUUGACAUUGACUUCACUGUCGACGUCGGCUCUGCCUCCUCGUGGUUGAAAUAUGACGAGGUCAAACAAGAGCUGCAGGGCACUCCCCCUACUGCGACCAAAGCUUCAGCAAGCAAAGUCACUGUAAUCGCCUCGUCUCUAUCUGCGACAGAGUCUCAGAUCUUCUACGUCAAUGUGAAUGCAGCAACGGUCGUGAUCACCAGUCGCACAACAUCGAGUACGACGCCGAGCCCUACUUCAGCUCCUUCUUCGUCUGCCACUUCUUCGCCUGCCAAAUCUGAAAGGAGGAGCAUGACAGCAGGUAUCAUAGUGGGUAUCGUGAUUGGCUGUCUAGCGGUAUUGGCUCUAUUCUUCGCCAUUGCCAUGUUGUGCUCUCGACGUAAAAGGAAGCAACCUCGCAAAAAGAUAGAGAAAGGCGAUAUCAGGCCAAUUUUACCAUAUGGUGAUCAAGAACCUAUGGUAACAGACAACAAUCAAGAUGAGGAAAAAUACAUCGGAUCACCUGUCAAACACUCUCCGGACGAACCACCACAAUUAGAUGUCGAUCUACCGACAGCACUUCAACCACCAAUGAAGCCGAGAUACUUCCUUGGCGGGAGAGACGCUCGUCAGAGCAAGUUGUCCGUAGUCAGUUCACUUGGAGAUGGGGAAGCAGCGAUACAAGCAGAUUCAAACAUUCCUGUCUGGGGAAGAGAGUCGGGCGCAACACAUACACCGCAUCACAGUUAUUCUGCAGCUACGGAAUUGGCCAGACAAAAUAGUCGUGACUCUCGUCAACGAUUAUCAGAAUUUGGCAGACUAUCUCCUAGCAAACGAGCUUCGAGGUUGAUCAAGAGCUGGCAUCCAGGCUUGGGUAUCAACACACGGGGAACAGUGAUACACCGCCCAAACAGAAGGAGCCGGUUGAGUAGCACCUUCUCCAUCACGAGAGAUCGAAGCAGCCGAGGCUCGUUCAAUACACAUGGAACUAGCAUCCUGUCCACCAAGCCAUCAGAUUACCCUGGGUCGACGUCAAACAGAAACUCGUUGUUCAUGCCUGCUGUACUACUCACGGAUACGGAUAAGCGACGAUCUUUGACGGAAGCCGAGAAGCGACGUAGUAUCCGCAUAGUCAGUCGAAGCGAAAGUGCCGUAGACCGCAGACCUCUCGCCGAGAAGCGACAAUCAUUCAUCCGCAAUCGAGCGAGCAGCGGUGUGAUGAGCCCAGUAUUAUUCGCUUCCUCACGACGCUCCUCAAACAUGGGUCUCUACAGCAAUCUUGGCUCUAUAAAAGGUAGUCCCAGCCUGCGCCGCCAAACGACAUCCUCAUCCUUCCUCAAACCUCCAGCUCGAAAUCCACGCCGCUUGGUCUCUGGUCCACAUGUCUUCCCUCCAGGUCUUCCCCGAGCCAUCACGCCAUCUCCAAUACGAGGCGCUAACAACAAUAGUCCUACUUUGCCUCCAGCGACCACAGCAGAUAAUUGGGCAACCACGGAUAGCAGUAGCGAUAUCUCUCGCUCCAACUCUGACGCAAAAGCAGCAGCCCAAUACGCUUCGUACGCAGUAGAAAUGGAACUUCCACGUCAUGAACGCACCUGGGUACGACCAGGCGAGGCAUCACCCACCCCACCACCAUCCAGUGUUCUCCGCGCCCCGAGCAACACUCGAGAAGCCGCAAGAAGAAAAUGGGCAGAAAGACUGAACCGAAACAGUUCUGGAAAUCUGGCUUCGCGCUCGCCAUCGCCUUUACGGAUCACAUUGAGUGGUGUUAGUGCGUCAGGUAUCAAGGGACGCAAACAGCGACUAAAGGAGAAAUUCGACGAUGACAAGGAGAACAAGGGCGAAGACCGUCUGAGUAAAUUGGUCAGUAAUGACAGUUUUAGCGAUGCUAGACAAAUGCGAGGAAGGAAGAGCUUGGUACAGGUAGAAGUUGGGAGUAGGAUACGUAGCUCUCGAGCUGAUUUAGAAGAGGUGGUUGGGAAAGAUAAGGUGAACACUGCUGGGGAUGGAGAGUGGGAAGAUGAGACCACUGAGGAUGCUGCACAGUCUAGCAGUAAACCUGCCGGUGUGCUGGUAAAUUCGGUGUCUAAUGCUAGUGUAAGGUUCUUGUAGUGAGUGUGAUGGAAGUAUACAUCCAUACCUUCCAACUAAUCAAGAGUGGUCUAUGCCUGUUUUACACAAAGC